UAAUGAUAUCAUUCACCUCUUUCACAAUCUCCAAUGCAGGCCAAAAUGUUCUACUUUAGCACACAUUCCUUGCUUGAAAAAACCAUGAGAUCAACUACAUUGCAAGCCAUUAAGAUUUCAAAGAAAUUAGGAGGGGUCAUUUUCUAUGAUGUCAACCUUCCAUUACCACUUUGGCACUCCAGUGAAGAGACCAAAGUGUUCAUACAAGAAGUGUGGAAUCUUGCGGAUUUUAUUGAGGUUACCAAGCAAGAACUUGAGUUUCUAUGUGGGAUUAAGCCCACUGAAGAAUUUGACACCAGAAAUAAUGCCAGUUCAAAGUUUUUCCACUAUGAACCGGAAGUGAUUGAACCACAUUGGAAAGAAAAUCUCAAGGUUUUGUUUGUAACAAAUGGGACUUCUAAGAUACACUACUACACUAAGGAGCACAAUGGUGCAGUUUAUGGGAUGGAGGAUGCCCCCGUUACUCCUUUCACUCAUGAUAUGUCAGCAUCUGGAGAUGGCAUUGUUGCAGGUUUAAUGCGCAUGUUGACAAUUCAGCCAGACCUCAUUACUGAUAAAGGAUACUUGGAGAGGGCAAUCAAGUAUGCAAUCAACUGUGGAGUCAUAGAUCAAUGGUUGCUUGCACAAACACGUGGCUUUCCUCCUAAAGAAGACAUGGAAGAAGUGGAGCCUGAUCCUGAUGGUAUAAAGUCAAUAACAGAAAAGGAAUACAGAACUUUGGAGUCUGUAAGUUGAUCUGAUUGGUUUCCCUGAUCCAUGUAGUUACAUGUCUCUGUCAGGAGUUUCCUCUUCCUUGUAAAGCUCCCUUUGUCCAUCUCCAGCAUAGCUUUUCCUUUCCCCUUUCACUAGUGAAGUUUCUUGAUGUAGCAUUAUCUAUUACCAUUUUUGAGUUGUAAGGCGUGAAUCCAUCCCAAAAGCUGAAUAGAAGUUAUUUACAGGUUCAUUCGGUAAAGCUUUCUUCUCCAUUUUCUCCUUUGGCUAUCCUGUAGUCAAGAGAACAUUGUAGGUUCUUCCUCUCCCUGCUUUUGGGGACUAGGGUUAUACUGUUUGUUUGAAUAUCCAGCCAAGGCAUUUAGUAAGAUAGUUCUAAUGGUUCUGCUCUCCAGCA